CUUCGUGCCCGCAUACGGCGAGAGGGAAAAUGUCGGCGCGCUGUCGACGGGGCUAGCCGUGUGCCGUGUGUCCGAGUGAACAGCCCGCCCGUGACACGCUAAUACGGCCGCGUCGCGGUCCGCAUUCGUCCCCGGUGACCCUGACUAGCCGAAAUCUGGCCCCCGCGGCGCCCAUACGGCCACGGUCGGUACGUAACCCUCGUUUCGGCUCGACCUUCGCGCGCGCGAGAGAGAACGAGAGAGAGAGAAGGGGCGAGCGAAAGAGAGACGGCGGGAUAUUGCGGAACGGUGGAGCGAGCGAGUGGCGGCGGGAGAGAGAGCGAGACGGCGAGCAGGUGCGAAACUAUACCGCCGUGUAGAGGUCCCCGCGGACUAAGGGAAUAGCCAGGCGGAGUGGAGGCGAAGAGAGAGAAGGCAUACGGAGGCGAGCAGUGACAUGGCGUCGUUGGCGAUGUCAAUAGCGAAGAGUGAGUUUAUCGUGGGUGGCAAGUACAGGUUGAUGAGGAAAAUCGGCUCGGGCUCCUUCGGCGACAUUUAUCUCGGCAUCAACAUCUCCAAUGGCGAGGAAGUUGCAGUUAAGUUGGAGAACAUGCGAGCCCGGCAUCCACAGCUUUUAUAUGAGUCAAAGCUGUACAAAAUAUUACAUGGUGGUAUAGGAAUACCACACAUACGCUGGUAUGGCCAAGAACGCGAGUACAACGUUCUUGUCAUGGAUCUUCUCGGACCAUCUCUGGAAGACCUUUUCACUUUCUGUUCAAGAAGGUUUACAAUCAAGACGGUCUUAAUGUUGGCAGACCAGAUGAUUGGUAGGAUUGAGUAUGUUCAUUGCAAACAUUUCAUCCACAGAGACAUAAAGCCAGAUAAUUUUCUAAUGGGAAUUGGGCGACACUGUAACAAGUUAUUCCUCAUCGAUUUUGGAUUGGCAAAAAAGUAUAGGGAUAGUCGCACAAGACUGCACAUAAUAUACCGCGAGGAUAAAAAUUUAACGGGCACUGCGAGGUAUGCCUCUAUCAAUGCGCAUCUCGGAAUUGAGCAAAGCCGUCGCGACGAUAUGGAAUCUCUCGGCUACGUUCUAAUGUACUUUAAUCGUGGAUCGUUACCUUGGCAAGGACUCAAAGCCGCGACGAAGAAACAGAAAUAUGAAAAAAUUAGUGAGAAAAAAAUGUCUACGCCAGUAGAAGUCUUAUGCAAGGGAUUUCCUGCCGAAUUUGCAAUGUAUUUAAAUUACACGCGAGGUCUACGCUUUGAAGAAAGCCCGGACUACAUGUAUUUACGCCAACUUUUCCGCAUACUAUUUCGUACAUUGAACCAUCAAUACGAUUAUACAUUUGAUUGGACAAUGUUGAAGCAAAAGGCAGCGAGUAAUAAUAUUAGCGCUGGAGUAUCAACAGCUGGACCAGGUCUCUCUCAAGGUGCUCAAGGUGCUCAGGGGCAAGGACAGGGCCAAGGACAAGCACCAACUCAGGCCAAUGCUCAAUCAGGAGCACGCUAAGACUAUAACUCCUCAUUGUAGCAACAAUCUCGAUUGCGAUCACUAAAGUGUUUCAAACGAGGUACCGACUUUCUUACAAAAGUUAUCAUUCAAAGAGUCAUAUCAGUCAACACUCUAAUUUCGCGUAAAAUAAGACCGUGAUAUGUAACUACGAAUACGGUGUUUGCGUAUAUACGACGAAGGGAACACGGUUCUUAUCAUACAUUUACUGAAUCACACACGAGAUGUUGUAACAUUGAGGCAACUUAGAGUUUCGGCUGAUUAAACUUUUUGGAUUUUGAAAUCCGAGUGAGAGACCAACCAGCCAGCCAAAUAAGUGGCUUGUUCUUAUUUUGUUAUUACGUAUUUAAUUUACCUUUGGUAACCAUUGAAAAAUAAAGAUUUUGUUGCCCUGAGGAAAAGAAGAUUAUAAAGGAGUACAUGUUGUCGGGCUUGAACACAAUAUGGAUAGUUUAAUUCGUGAAGUUGUACAACUUUCAUGGAGAGAAAGAGAGAACGUUUAGACUUAUUUUCAGAUGCUCGCGUUAAUUUGCGGAGCGUGCGCAUGUGGUGUAAAAUUUUAUAUCUAUUCUACAAACAGAAAAGAGAGAUAUGAAAAAUAUAUGAGUGUUUUGUGAAAGUAUGAAGUACCGUGGCAAAACCGAUAUUCUGCUUCCUAAAAAUUUUGUUUUGUCUUCAAUAUAUAGCGUGAUCAUAAUAGCGUAUGUGGAGUGUUGAGAAAGUGUUAAUAUUUUUCUUAACAAGGAUAGUACGUCAAUAGUAUCAAAGGUACCACUAACCAUUGCACACUUUUGGUACGUUUGACCGGAAUAUUUUUUUUUUUAUAUAAACAAAUGGAUUACAUCUCUCUCCGAUAUAAUAUUGACAAGUUAAAGUAAUAUUAAAGAUACCUUAAUGUUAAGGCAACAAUUUAACUUUUAAGUAUGUACCGUACUAUAUCGAGUAACGAGUACUCCAUCGAGAAACGAACAAACGACUAACGAUUCUAUUAUAGAAAUAUCCCUCGAUUUACUCUCUUUCUGUCUGUGAAUAUGUUUAUUACGAAUAACAGUGUAAAACAGUGCUGAAGAAGAAGAAGAAAAGAAGAAAUUUUGAAUAGCGAGAAGUGGUUACAAGUUUACUUUCAUCUAGAUAAAACAGAAUUAUCUCGUUCGGAAAGUAUUCCUGUAACUGUGAGGCUCUAGCUGGAUAAUUCUUCCGUAUAUAGUUUUUAAUAGUCGAGACUGUGCAGUAGCUAUUUUAUGUGCUGUUGCUUCAAGAUUAAGUUUGAUAUUUUGUAUACACAUUAAGGGACUUCAUACUUCAUUGUGACCAAUGUUCUUCGUACGUGCAUACACAUACAUACCGAGAGAAGUCAUUGCCUCGAGACAAGUCAGAAAUACUUAUUGAUAUCGGCAGUUGCUAAAGAGCUAUCAUUUCUAUUCAUAUCGUUUAAGAUUUUAGUUGUAUUAUUCGUUCUAUAUAGCUGCUAAACUCUUCACGUCCAUGUUUCUGCGAGCAUUAGUUUUCCAAAAGAGCGUUACAUAUGAUCAUUACACCCUUAACGAAUAAUGUUAGCAUGCGUCACACGUCCUCGUCGUGGAAGGUACUACCAGUCGUCCGGUCAGCUUUAAGUACGAUUGAAUGAUGAAUUCAACUGAAAUCUUAAAGCUUAUUGUAUCCGAAGAAGCGCGGAUUACGCUGCCUGGCGGACACACUUUUGAAAAUAUAAAAAAAAAGAUAUAACCAAUAACCAUCCUCGAUUGAAUGCGUGGUUAAUUAUAAUUAUGAAGGGUAUAAAUGAAAGUGUAAAAGUGUGUUUCAACAUGUGAGAAUGAAUGAGCGAGUAAGUUAAUAAAAAAUAACUAACGAUAUAUGCACUUAAGUACUAUCCGCUAUGUGUAUAUGUGUAUAUAUAUAUACACGUACUUGAGAUACAUCGCAAGUAUGUAUGUGCAUACAUAUGCACGUAUACAUGUGUGUAUGUAUAAUAAAAUUGUGACAGCAA